AUGGGGAGCGUCUUUGCGGAUUUCCACGAAGCCCAGCGGGUAGGCUAUGGCCCACUCCUGGCCUCGUGUCUGGCUCCAGUCGACACACCGCGUGACCCUCAUCGUCUCGACUCAUUCGCCCAGAUAUCAAACUAUCAUACGGUCUCAGCGGAUGUACGCUACCAAAUCAUUCAAGCCCGCACUGCGGCCAAACUGCCCAAAGCUGAAGCUAACGCUUGGGUUGAUAUCUUUGUUGCCCUGUGGAAAUGCGUGAGGGAACUCGUCGCGCUACGGCAAGGCACGGGCACCGGUGACUGGUCCAAGGCAUUUGAUGCGUACAAGGAGUUGUGCAAUCAUUUGGUGAGAGGAUACACCAAUUUUGGAUUUCAAGCCUGGACGGUUCCGUGUCUCAGUGUUGCCGGAAAGUAUCUCCGCAUGAUAGGAAUGAGAGCAGACAGUGAGACUAAAGCCAAAGAGGGAAAUGGAGACGUCUUUGCGAGUGGCUUCUCAGACGACAUCAUGGGCGACACAAACAAGAACGAGAAACUAGAGCAGGCCGCCUGGACCAUCAAUCGAAUGUUCACGAUAUGCUUGAGUGACCGAGCCGAGGAGAGUGAAUCACGUCGAUGGGGCAUCUACAGCACCACCAACUUGCUUUUCAAGACGUACUUCAAACUCAACUCGGUCUCGCUUACCAAAAAUGUCAUUCGUGCUCUAGAAGCUGCAGCAGAUGACAUCCCGAACCUGGCGCGAUUUCCGAAAUCUCACCAAUGCACUUUCAAGUACUACCGCGGAGUUAUUGAGUUCCUGCAAGAGAACUACGUUGACGCGGAACAGAACUUGAUGGAGGCACUUCAACUGUGUCACAAGGACUCCAUGAAGAACCAAGAGCAGAUCCUGACUUAUCUCGUCCCGGCACACAUCGUCAACCACCAUCAACUGCCUACAAACGCCCUGCUGGCUCCUUAUCCAACUCUGGUAAAGAUCUUCACCCCAUUAUUCGCUGCCAUUCGCGCCGGCUCGCUCGCCGCCUUCGAUAACGCUCUUUCUGAAGCUGAAUCCGAACUAGUCAGACGCCGUGUCUAUCUCACUCUUGAGCGCACCCGCGGUCUCUGCUUGCGCAACCUGUUCCGAAAAGUCUGCCUGGCAGCUGGAUGGGAGGAAACCAAGGAUGCAACGACUGGCGAAGUCACGGGCAAAAUCCGUCGAACCAGAAUUCGCAUCGAAGAAUUCGAGGCUGGCAUGCGUGUGAGUUAUAAGGGUGCCACGGAUGUGUUGGUCGAUAGGGACGAGGUUGAGUGUUUCUUGGCCAAUAUGAUUUACAAGAACAUGAUGAAAGGCUAUAUUGCUCGCGAUCGAGGCAUCGUUGUACUCAGUAAGGCUGGCGCCUUUCCUGGUACCGGUGUUUGA